GGUAGGCCUAGUUUCCAGGCCGCGGUCGCGGUUGCGAGAGGAUGGAACCUCUGCGUGUCCUGGAGCUGUACAGUGGCAUUGGUGGCAUGCACCACGCGCUGCGAGAAAGUCAUAUCCCUGCACAUGUGGUGGCUGCUAUUGAUGUGAAUACUGUUGCUAAUGAAGUAUACAAGCAUAAUUUUCCUCAUACACACUUACUGGCAAAGACAAUUGAAGGUAUUUCACUGGAAGAGUUUGACAAGCUAUCUUUCAAUAUGAUUUUAAUGAGCCCUCCAUGUCAGCCAUUCACAAGAAUUGGCCUACAGGGGGAUAUGACUGAUCCAAGGACAAAUAGCUUCUUGUAUAUUCUAGAUAUUCUCCCAAGAUUACAAAAAUUACCCAAAUAUAUUCUUUUAGAAAAUGUCAAAGGUUUUGAAGUAUCUUCUACAAGAGGGCUGCUGAUACAAACAAUAGAAGCCUGUGGCUUUCAAUAUCAAGAGUUUCUAGUCUCUCCUUCCUCUCUAGGCAUUCCAAACUCAAGGCUACGAUAUUUUCUCAUUGCAAAGCUUCAGUCAGAGCCUUUCCCUUUCCAGGCCCCUGGACAGAUACUGAUGGAGUUUCCUAAAACUGUAACUGUUGAGCCACAAAAACAUGCAGUAGUUGAAGAAAGUAAGCCAAGAGCGAAGAGAACUGGACCACAUAUCUGCGCUGAGAGCAGCAGCACACAGUGUUCCGGGAAAGAUCCCAUUCUCUUUAAGCUUGAAACUGUACAAGAACGGGACAGGAAACACCAACAAGACAGUGACCUCUCUGUGCAGAUGCUGAAAGACUUCCUUGAGGAUGGCGACACAGAUCAGUACCUUCUACCACCAAAGUUAUUGCUGCGAUAUGCUCUCUUACUAGAUAUCGUUAAGCCCACGUCCAGAAGGUCCAUGUGCUUUACUAAAGGGUAUGGGAGCUACAUAGAGGGGACAGGCUCCGUGUUACAGACUGCAGAGGAUGUGCAGAUUGAGAAUAUCUACAAAUCUCUUACUGAUUUGCCACCAGAAGAAAAGAUGGCUAAGUUGUCAAUGCUUAAACUGCGAUAUUUCACACCUAAAGAAAUUGCAAAUCUCCAGGGAUUUCCUCCAGAAUUUGGCUUUCCUGAGAAGACAACAGUGAAGCAGCGGUACCGGCUGCUUGGCAAUAGCCUCAACGUGCAUGUAGUAGCAAAACUCCUCACAGUCCUGUGUGAAGGAUUUGGAAAUGCCUCUGAGAGCUGUCACAAGAUGCCUCGAAUUCUAGACAGUAAUUCCAAGAUUCUAUCUUGAACUAAUUCUUAUAGAAUUCAACUAAAUUAUUUUAAUAGCAUUUUAAUGGAUAAUUCAGUGGGAACUUA